AUGGAUUCACGCAAACAUCCAGUGACUGGUAAAGAAUGGAUUGGUUCUGUAAAUUCUUGCCUGGUAUCAGUGUUCACGUGUCAUGAACUCGAAGUAUUCACUGUAGAGGGUGUGGGAGAUCGGACCACAGGGUACCAUGUGGUGCAGUCUCGUCUGGCCAGAAUGAAUGGUACCCAAUGCGGUUACUGUUCCCCCGGAAUGGUCAUGAGUAUGCUUGGUCUAUUGGAAGGACAAAAAGAAAUUGUCACAAUGUCGGAUGUAGAAAAAGAAUUGGCGGGAAAUAUAUGCCGGUGUACUGGAUAUCGACCUAUUUUGGAUGCUUUCAAAUCUCUAGCCAAUGAUGCAGAUCCUUCUUUGACUGCAGCCUGCUUAGACAUAGAAGAUUUACCACAAAGAUGUAUAUUUGAUGAAGAAGCUUGUGAUAAAGCCCAAAGUGGUUUCGUACAAUUUCAGCUAAAUAACUGUCGAGAAUGGUUCCGAGCUAGUAAUUUAGGAAACGUUCUAAGAAUUCUCGAAAAAAGUAAUAAUCGCCCAUACAUGCUCGUAGGAGGAAAUACUGGUCAUGGUGUCUAUCGAAGAAGAGAAGAUUUAGAAAUAUUUAUUGACGUCAGCAGUGUUGAAGAGAUGAAAAUUACAAUCAUGGGAAAUGUUCUAGAAGUGGGAGCUGCUGUUACCCUUUCGGAAUUCAUAGAUUUCCUCAAGCAUGCAUCAGACGUAAAGAAAGAAUUUUCAUAUUGUCGUCAACUUGUGAAGCAUCUGGAGUUGGUGGCUCAUCCGGCAGUGAGGAAUAUAGGAACAAUUGGAGGAAAUUUGAUACUGAAGCACCAACAUCCGGAAUUUAAUUCAGAUGUAUUCUUACUUCUUGAAACUAUUGGUGCAUUUCUUACAAUUGUUGAUAAUAAUGGGAUUCAGCAAGUGGCAACGAUUGAAGAAUUCAUGUAUAAGUCCAUGCGAAGUAAGGUCCUGGUGAAAGUAACUCUUCCUCCCUUGAAUCCGGAAAAAUAUUCUUUGGUCACUUACAAGAUCAUGCCUCGAGCUCAGAAUUCUCAUGCAAUCAUAAAUGCAGGAUUUCUCUUUAGAUUUAGCUCCGAAAGGAAAGUUCUUUUGCAGGCGAGAAUUUGUUUCGGUGGGAUCAGUUCGAGAUUUAUUCGCGCGGUUAAUACUGAAAAGGUUCUAGCUUCCAAGAAUCUUUUUUGCAACGAGACAAUCUCACUUACUAUGGCUUCCCUUAAUGAUGAACUGAAGCUUGAUUGGAUGCUUCCAGAUGCUUCUCCGAAGUAUCGAAAACUCCUUGCCAUGAGUCUUCUGUAUAAGGCUAUCAUCAGUUUGGCUCCUCCAGAUUCAACAAAAGAUUGUCUUCGAAGUGGAGGUGAAGAGAUCUACAGACCACUUUCAUCAGGAAUACAAAAAGUUACAGCACCUGAAAACUCAUUACCAAAAAUUGAUGGACUGAUUCAAUGUAGUGGUGAAGCCAAGUAUAUCAAUGAUCUACCUUGUAUGCCUAAUGAAGUAUGGGGAGCGUUUGUGCCUGCCACUGAAGUCUCUGCUAAAAUACUAAGUAUUGAUCCUAGUGAAGCUCUUCAAAUACCUGGAGUUGUAGCUUUCUUCUGUGCAAAAGAUAUUCCUGGCAUAAAUUCUUUCAUGACACAAGUAUUCGUGGAAUCGUUAGAGAUACAUGGACCAGAAGAAGUUUUCUGCAGUAGUAAAGUUCUGUACCAUAGUCAACCUGUGGGCAUCAUUUUAGCAGAUACGCUGGAUUUGGCCCAUAAGGCAGCAAGAGCAGUCCGUAUUAAUUACACACGACCGACUCAGAGGAAGCUCUUCUUAUCUGUUGAGGAUGUUUUGGAAUCUGGGAAUGAAGAUAGGAUUUUUGAAUUUGAAACUCGUCUUGAAGCUCAAACACGAGGAAAUGAAACUUCAGCCACGAUCUCAGGAAAAUUUAAUUUUUCCAAUCAGUAUCAUUUCCAUCUUGAACCGCAAACGACGAUUUGCAUUCCAACUGAAUCUGGCCUAGAGGUUCAUUGUGCCACACAUUUUCUACAUUUUGUUCAGAUGGGAAUCUCGCAAGUUCUGAAUAUUCCUCAAAAUUCCAUAGAUAUGAAACUUGAACGAGUUGGAGGAAGUUUUGGCGGGAAGAAUUCUAAAUCAACCCAUGUAGCUUGUGCGGCUGCUCUGGCCUGUUGGCGUCUUCAACGUCCAGUGAGAUUUGUCAUGUCCAUAGAAGAGAAUAUGAUGGUAAUUGGGAAAAGAUUCCCUGGUACGUGUCACUAUUCAUUAGACGUAGACGAAUUGGGUAGAAUACAACAACUGAAGAAUAAAUUGUACAUUGAUAUGGGAAUGUCUAAAAAUGAAGCUUCAGAUAGAUCUGUGAUGAUAAAUUUCUUUACGAGUUUAUAUGAGCCAUCCACAUGGUCCAUGGACUUUAGAGGUGUGCACACAGAUGUUCAUCCUCAUACUUGGUUCCGAGCUCCUGGCUGCCUUGAGGGACAUGCCAUGGCAGAAAAUAUAAUGGAACAUAUUUCAAAGGAGUUACGAAUCGAUCCCCUUGCCGUUCGAUUGAUCAAUAUGCGUGAAAAUUCUCCAAUGAAAGACAUUCUUCCAGAAUUUUUGGAACAAUGUGACUUUCAGGAACGUCGACAACAUAUUUCUAUGUUCAAUAAAAAUAAUCGUUGGAGAAAGCGAGGAAUCGCUUUCGUUCCUAUGGGUUAUCCAAUCCAAACUACUUAUCGGUACGCAGUUCUUGUUGCGGUCUACGCAAUUGAUGGAAGCGUGAGCGUAUGCCAUGGUGGCAUUGAAAUGGGUCAGGGUAUCAACACCAAAAUGGCUCAGCUUGCAGCACGUACACUUGGUAUUCCUGUUAAUACAGUGAAGAUCGAGUCUGCAAAUACUCUAGUAAAUGCUAAUGUGACUUUCACUAGUUCAUCUCAGACAACUGAUGCUAUUGGAAGGCUCGUCAUCGAGGCAUGUAAUACAAUUCUUGAACGUAUUAAAACUGUUCAAGAAGAACUAACUGGAGCUUCUUGGUCAGAAGUAGUAAAAAUUGCUUACGAGCGAAACAUAUCACUGGUUUCAUUCGUAACGGACAUGGACAAGGAUCGCAUAUCUUAUAACGUUUGGGGAGCAGCUUGUGCAGAAGUUGAAAUUGAUGUACUUACUGGAGAUUUUCUUUUGAGACGAGUUGACAUUCAUGAAGAUGUUGGCGAAAGUCUAAAUCCGGCUAUUGAUAUUGGGCAAAUAGAAGGAGCCUUUGUAAUGGGUCUAGGCUAUUGGUUACAGGAGAAAAUCAUCCAUCAUCCAGAUACUGGAGAGAUCUUAACUAAUCGAACUUGGAAUUACAAGCCCCCUGUAGCAACAGAUAUUCCUGUCGAUUUCCGGGUGACUUUUAUGAAGAAACAAAAUCUGCCAACUGGAAUAGUUGGUGCUAAAGGAACCGGAGAACCUGCUAUAGCAAUGUCCAUUGUGGCAAUAUUUGCACUGAGAAAUGCUAUUGAAUCUUCUAGAGAUGAUGCUGGUUUGGAGCCUUGUUUUGUUACAAUGGGUGCACCUACAACCAAAGAGGAUAUUUUACUUCUCUCUGGAACACAAUCUUGCCAAUUUCAGUUGUAAUUAUUAUUGUUGUAAAUAUUAUUAAAGUUUUUUUCAAGUGAAA